CUAUAGCAUAGCAGUCUAUGGUCUGUCUGUCAAAAAGCCGUUUGCUGCUGUUGAUGGGUGUCGAGUUUCUAUAAAUUCUCAUUUUAAUCUUCUUACUUUGUGAUUCAAUAUAUUCUCCGUUGACUAAAAAUGGUUUAAUUAUUAUCUCUCGCAAUAAAUUAAGUACCGUGGCAGUUUUCUGACUCUGAUAGAAGUUGUAAACAAAUCCAAAAUGUCCGUUCCUAGCACUGGAUUGAGCAAAUUGAAGAAGAAACAUAUUCGUGUAAAACAUCAAAAAGUGAAACUUUUUCGUGCAAAUGAACCAUUACUAUCUGUAUUUAUGUGGGGUGUAAAUCAUACGAUAAAUGAGCUAAGUCAUGUCACAAUUCCGGUCAUGCUCCUUCCGGACGACUUCAGAGCGUACUCCAAGCUCAAAGUUGACAACCAUUUAUUUAACAAAGAAAACAUGCCAUCUCACUUCAAGGUCAAGGAGUACUGCCCCCUGGUAUUCAGGAAUCUACGAGAGAGGUUCGGAAUCGAUGACCUAGACUACAAGGAGUCGCUCACAAGGUUUAGAAAGCCAGAUAACUACCUGUGUUCGAGGCCCCAGAAGAGGCCUGGCGGCUUGCUGCGGCGGUCGGCGACUGCGCCUAACGGGGUUGCCAACCUGAAAAACGAAACACACCAAGAGAGCAUAUUCCACGAUGCAAGCGAGUUCGUCAAACGAGGGCUGACGAUAAAACGCCUGAGAUCUCAGCCAAUCCCCGACGACUCGUCAGGCAAGUCGGGGGCGAAGUUCUACCAGAGCUACGACAGACUGUUCAUCCUCAAGACCCUUACUUCCGAGGAAGUGGAGAGGAUGCAUUCGUUUCUAAAGCAUUAUCACCCCUAUAUAGUAGAGAGGCACGGCAAGACGCUGCUGCCACAGUACCUGGGCAUGUACCGGCUGACCGUGGACGGCAUCGAGCACUACCUCGUCGCCACCAGGAACGUGUUCUCCAACCAUCUUAAUAUACACAGGAAAUACGACUUAAAAGGCUCUACAGUAGACCGGGAGGCUUCCGAGAAGGAGUUGGAGAAAGACCUGCCGACCCUCAAGGACAACGACUUCAUCAAGCAAGGAGUCCGCAUCGAUAUCGGUGACGCUGCCAAAGAGAAGCUGCUUGAAACGCUUACUGCUGAUGUUGAGUUCCUAACAAAGCUGCACCUGAUGGACUACUCGCUGCUGCUGGGCAUGCACGAGUGCGGACGCGGCGAGGCCGAGGCCGAGGCCGCCCAGCGCGACGCCGACCGCGACUCCGACAACAACGACUCCGACACCGACUCCGACACCGACAACAGGCAUCAUGGCGACAGAUGGGGCUACAACACUCCGCCGGACAGUCCGCGCGGGUUCGCGCGUCAGUCGUCGCUGCGCUACGAGGGCAUCAUACCAGAACUCGACAUCUAUGCCAUACCCAGUCAGGAGAGUGCCCCAAAAAAGGAGAUUUACUUUGUCGCGCUUAUUGAUGUACUGACGCAUUAUGGUGUCAAGAAACAGGCGGCAAAAGCAGCAAAAACAGUGAAAUACGGUAGCAACGUGGACGGCAUAUCGACCUGCGACCCCGAGCAGUACGGCAAGCGGUUCAUAGAGUUCGUGGCCAAGGCCAUCGAGGGCAACUAGGCCAACACGGACCACGGUGCUUCUUACAGUACACGUACUUAUGUCGCGGGUUAUGUAGCGAAUGGAGGGCUCAUGUCAAGGAUGUCUGGGAAAAAAAGCUAUACCUUUAAGUUGACUGGUGAAUUUGUAAAAUCAGUAAAUUGAUGAAAAAUGUGUAGUAUUGUUACAAGAAAGAUAAACACGCGUUUGAUUUAUUUAAACACGUGUCAAAAAGUAUUUGCAAUAACAAUUACUAAAAGCAUUGGCGGUUAAUAAUCUCAGCUGAAAUUAGCUGUAUGGUAUACAAUGAUACAUUUAGUUUCUAUUACGCAGUCUAGCAACUAAAUACCUAUAAUAUUACAAUAAAGUUACCAUACAGUUUACAGUGAAAUAGUCAUCAAUAUACACUGAUUUGGUUUGAAGUGAAAGGCAUUUGAUAGCACAUUAGCACUUCAUUUGUUUACUAAUCUGUGGUACUUAUAGAUGUCGCUACUGUGCCGUGGGUUGUUAAGAACAUUGCCUAACGUUAAUCAUUUAUUUAUUUUUCAUGAAUUGGCCAUGUAUAGAUAAAAAUCACUGUAAUAGUGAUCACUUUAGGCUUCGAAGUAUUCGAGGCCCGUUUUAUUUUGAAGAAAGAAACACUUGGAUUUAAAAAUAAACUGUAUACUCAAGCCACAGUAGCGCCCAUCAACGAAUAUUUUGGACUGAACAGAUACAAAUUUUCUAGUUUCUCUUUCGAUGAUUUUUUCGUCUACAACUUGUUUACGAAUUAACGAAAAGAUUUAUGUAUGAACGUUCCAUUAGUUUCGAAUGUUUUCGCUGCAUUCAUUGUUUAGUUCCCGCUAGCUCAUUUAUAGACCUAAUUAAGUUCACUCAUUGAUCCUUUUGUUAGAAAAUAAAUUGGACUUUACAGGGUGACGUAGAAUAUAAAGGGUUGGUAGUUUAUUUAGAAGCGAUUUUGAAACCAGUAAAGAAAUUAUUCAAAUUGCCCGGCUAAUAUCAACAUUGACCAAAAUGCUAGUAUUGCCCGGGUGAUGUAAAUAAUUUACGAAGUCUUGGCUUUUGACGUUUAUUAUGUUCACGUAGUUACGUACUGAAAGAAGCACCGCUUUAAUGUUGUUAUAUCUUGUCCAAGACAAGUACCACGAUACAGUAAGUGUAAUAACGUCGAUUCUAAUGAGAAAUAAAUGCAAAUAAAUUAAAUUUCAUAUGUUAAAAAAAUCGUAGUGUGGAGGCAUGUAAUUGAUAUUAGCGAUUAUGCAAAACGAUCGGACAGUUUGCAAAGUUUGACGUUUUAUCAAAUUAUUUAUUCGCUUUGCGUGCGAAUGAACACAUUGUUGUGCAAUAGACACGUUGAAAGGAUUGCUGAAUCGUAGAAAGACGGACUUGAGGUUUAAAAUAUGACUAUAACCAACUAUAACUCAAAAUAGCCGUUGUAAAACUCUGACCAGCUAUUCUGCGAUCUAGCGUGACAGUAUGAAAUCCAGGUCGGUCAUUGUCCGAAACAGGGACGGUUACGGGUUGUAAGGGACCCAUUUUUUUACAAUUAUAAUGUUCUACACUUUCGUCUUGAUGUUUGCAAUAAUAAUUAUAAUAAGCGGACCCUUUUUGACAAUAUUCACGUUUUAUUCUAUCACUAAGUCCCUGUUUUGUGCUAUUUCAAUCUUUAUAAAGUUGUAUUCGAAGCUGACUUGUGAUAGUUGUCAUUAUUAGUAUAAAAAGACUGUCGUUAUAUACGCACAUUCUAACAUAUUUUUAUUGAUUGAUAAUAUUUUUAAAUCGUUGUUUAUUUAAUUAAAAUAAUCAUAGAUUGGUAGUAGAAAAGAAAAUUUAAUUUCUAAUCUGUGUUUGAAAUUAUUAAAUGACAAUAAGUAUUUUAAUAUACAAGGCAUAAAGUCAGCUUUGAAUACAGUUCAGCUAAUUCGCACUAUAUCCCGAUACCUGACAAUCCUUUGAGUAAGCGAUGUUAAAUUUAUGGAUCGAUCUUUUAUAAAUGUUCAGGACAUUUGGAUAAUACGAUUCGAUUCAUAAAUUAGACUUCUAUGUAACAUACAUAAUUGACAAAUGUGCUUGUGUUUCUAAGAUAUGGAAUUGUAAUAAUUAAGUGAGAGCGAGUGAAAACAAAAACAUGCGGUUUUGAAACAUCCAUUCGUUGUAUAAGCUGUGUCGUGUUAUUCCAAUCUGUGAGAACGAGCUUAUUGGUCAAUGAUGUAUGCCUAAAUUCUGUAUACAAUUGCUUGCAUUUUUACUGUAAUAUAAUUUAUUGUUGUUACAAAACAUAAUUCUGCAAUUUACAGAAAGAAUGCAAUCAAUCUCUAUACAACAUGGAACCUUCCAAGCACGUUUGCAAUAAUUUUCAUAACUCGUUAUUAGCUUUUUAUAAUGUUCCGCUAACGCGUAGUAUAGUAUUGACAAAUUAUAAUGAAUAAAUAAAAAUGUUAAAUAUCAUUGAAUUAGGAUGUUGACGUGUUACGGUUGGCCAAUUUAACUUUAUCAAUCAAAUUACGUGUAUACUAAUUGGCCGUUGUAUUAUAUCUUAUUGUAAUGCCUUCGAUAUAUUGUUUGAAGUACAUACUUGUUCAUAAUAAUGUCGCGAGACUAAACCCUCGGGAGUAUGGACCGACGCGAGUGAACUAACUUAUGAAAUUGUCAAUAAACCUUUUUGAACAUUAUGAUUUUGGAUAAUAGUGACUUUAGAUGUGAAAUUGUUGUUUAUAAAAUAAUGAAUUUGUGUCGAUCCAUACUGGUGGACGAUGUAUGGGGUCUGUUGUUACCUGACAUAUAAUACAUGUAAAGCUAUAAAACCAAUCAUAUCUACAAUAUCGUGUUGAACUGUCUUGAUGAUGAAGAAUAAAAAUGUAUUCAUCAGACCCCAUAUAUUUCUGUUCCCAAGGAAGACUGUUAUCAGUGUAUUCGGUAUUGUACUCGUUAAAUAACGUUUAACUAUGUAUUCUAUUACAAGGGCGCUUAAGUCCGGAAUUGUAUAAAAACGGCCAUUGUUAAGAGUCGGUGUUUCACCCAUUGUAAUUCAUAAUGUCGUUUUGCCAAUAUACCCAUACCUAGUUCGCUUAGUUUCUGUCUAGAGUAGUGUUUUUAAUAGUACGAUGUAAGAUUUUGUUAUUUAUUAUUCUAUAUUUCGAAUAAGACUUGGAUUGUUAUGAAGUCUUUGUGAUUUAUUCUGUGAAAAUUCAUGUGCCGUUUACGGUGUAAUAGUAAUAUUGGUAAAUUUUAUACUUUGGCGUCGACUGGCGUGAUUCAACGCCAUAUCGAAUGUUUAGCUGACCUCAGAAUAAUUAUAAUAGCUCUUCAUGUAAUUCUUUUUAACUUUUGACUGUUUAUCGGGGAAUAUUACAAGAUUUACUAAUUGAAAUCAGUAUUUGGGGCGACAUUUCGUACGCCUUUCAUUUGAAAUAAUUUUGUCAGAUGUUAGUUUUUUUUUGUGAUAGAUAUUGUUUACUUUUAGAUAUUAAUUUUAUAUUAGAAUUUCGAGUCGACCACUUUUUCAUGUUUCCAAAUUUUAAAAUGAUGUGAAGUACUAUUUUGUUACGAAGUGGUCCUCUUUAGUAGUAUUAGAAAUCCUUUGUUACCCUCUCAGUGAAGAGGAUUUUUUUAUUAAUUUUAUCCAAAAGCCCCUGUCUACAUAUUCCUGAACAAUGUGUUAGUCAUGAAAUGAUUCAAAUUAUGUCAUAUGUGUUGCCAUUGUUUAGGUCGGUAAUUGUAUUUUAAUUUGUAGUUAUGUUAUUUCGAAUAGGUUUUAUCUUGUUAUCGGUGACGGUUGAAGGCACGAGCCCGCAGUGUACGGCGUAUAUUUAUUAAACGAUAGCUUCGCUACAUCAAACUUAUUCGGCAUGUAAGCAACACGGUUGAAAUGUUAAUUCUCUAGUCUACUACUCUUGUAAAGACAAAAAAUAUGUAUGAAAAAUCAAAACUUAAUUUUUUAAAUAUUCGGUUUAUAAAGAUUCUGCAUUAUAA